AUGACCGUGCCUUGGGCAGACCAAGGCUGGUUUGCCAAGUUGAAAGCGGAGCACUGCCCUUCCGUGCUCGUGCAGGAGUGGGGUGAAGAUGAUGCAAGAAAGCAGUCACCAGUCGCUUCGAACCUCGCAAAAAAAGGUGCGUGCAGGUGGAGUUCGUGUAGGCCCGGGGGCGUCGGUCGGUCGGUUUGGUGGGGAGGACAGGAGAAGGAGGAGAAAGAAGGAGAGGACCGGAGCGGACCCGAGAGGGAGGGGAGGGCACAGGGGAGGUGGAGGCGACGUGGUGUCAGCCGGGCUGCAUGUGUGGCUUUAGCAAGCAUGUAA